GACAACAGUAGUCAGAACGAAUCGAGAGGAGCAAGCGUUUGGACGUAGUAGUCGGUAUUGGCAAUCGACAAUCGACAUCGGCACACGGUCGUCUGCGUCGCUGCCGUCGCGUAUGCCAUUUGUGCUGCUGCUCUUUCAAAUAGUCGCGGGCCUAACACUCUUACUAUUUGUUAUACAUUAUAUUUAUUAUAUAAUUAAUGCAAUUGCCGGCGAUUUACAACUACAGCAACAACAAGUGCAGCAACAGCAGCAAGUACUGCAAUUGCAACAAAACGUGAAUUUGCCACAGCAACUAGAAAACCCAAAUUCAUUAAAAAAAUAUCGGUAUCAACGCAUCCCAGUAGCGUCUGGUAGAAAAUCGAAUUUUUUUAAAUCGACCACAGCAACAACAACUGGCGAAAAAAUGCAAACAAGCGACGAUGCAAAAUUUAUAAAAAAACGAUGGAAAGGCGGCACAAUUGAACCACAUCCAACGGAUAAGGCAUUAAUUGUCAACUAUCAACUGGAAGCGACGGUCUUCGGCGAACAAUCAAGCAAUCCGAUGAUUGAAGAGAAAAAGCUAAAGCCAUUAAAUUGUACUACCGGUUUGAAUAUCGGUCAGAAGAUUGUUCACAUAUGA